UUCCAUAGGAUUCAAUCUCCUUCUUGAAAAUAUCACAACCCUUUUGUAGAAUUUUUAACAUUCCCAGCUCCUCUGAGAUAUUCUACGACUUCCAGCUAAGAAUUGCCUGUAGUUUUACAUUUUAGCUCUCUAGUCUACACACGGAGUCUACACACAGAUUAGGAGCUUGCUUGGCUACCGUCAAACAGACCUGCUUUUCGUGUAAAGUAAGGACAUCUUUGGAGCUGAGUACUUUGGAGGACUGUUCCUUCUUCUGACAGUCUGACUGUAAAGAGGACAGAUUUUGACAAUGCAUAUGAUGGAGGAUGAUCAGCAGAGUAAGAACUGCACAGCAGAUAAUCUACCACUGUGUAAAUUCUACGCCUCUAUGAUGAUUGUGGAAUUCUUCUUGGCUCUGCCGCUAAACCUCUCAGUGCUUUAUCUUUCAAUAUUCAAGAUGAAGUUCUGGAAAUCUAACAGCAAAGGGGAGCGGCGGAGUACAGAGGGAGGAACCUGCAAAGCCAUGCUCUUCAUGCUGUUUCUGAACCGAGGUGCCAGUAUCGCCUUCCUGACUGUGAUUUCAGUUGAUCGUUACUUCAAUGUGGUUCAUCCUUGGAAAAAGAACUUUGCCAAGACUUUCAAAAAGUCUCCUCAUAUCUCUGUCAUCAUCUGGCUACUACUGCUCCCCCUGACUAUCCCCACCAUGCUGAAGACCUCUGAGUGCUGUAACAGUUAUGGGCGUAAAAAUGACACUCUGGUCGAGGACGUCACUGACACUCUGAGAGAGGUUGUGUUUUUCACCCAGAUUCUCAUCCCUUUCUUUGUGUUGGUCUACUGCACGGUCCACAUUGUCAACAGACUCAAAAAGAAGACAGUAGGGAAGAAGACCAAGCUGCGUCGAGCAGUGUUUCUGGUCACCUCAGUUGUCUUGGUCUUCUCUUUCUAUUUCCUGCCUUGUACCAUAGCUAGAAUGGUUCUGUUGAUUGUGAGAGUUGAGCAUUUACCCAGAGCAGAAUAUAUAGUUGUUCAAGUAUUUGACAGUCUCAUGGUUUUAUCCUACAUGGAUUGUCUAGUGGACCCAAUUGUGUACUGCUUAAGCAGCACUAAGUUCAAAAGCUCUCUCUACCUGACAACUUAUUGCCCCUGUCUAAAAUUAGGUGAAAGCACAAACUCGGUAGGAAACAACUCAAAUCCAAAAUGCAGCAACAAUGUAAUGCAGCAUAGUAGGUAAAAUAC